GACGGGGAUGGGCCUGGGGGGCACCAUGGCCCGCGUGGGGGGGAUGGUGGCCCCCCUGGUGCGCAUGGCGGCCGACGUGACCCCCGUGCUGCCCCUCGUCAUCUACGGCGCCGCCCCCAUCGUGUCGGCCGUGGCCACCUCCUUCCUGCCCGAGACCCGCAACGUCCCCCUGCCCGAGACCGUCCGGGACGUCGAGAGGAGGGCGGGGCAUGUGAAGGACGAGGACGUCGCCGUCCCCCUGAGCAGCACCAAGAGCAAGGACGGUGCCUGAGGGGGCGGGGCCGGG